AUGAAGCUCCAGUCCCUUCUCCUUGCUGCCGUUUUGGCGACCACUUCUGCCUUCACCGCCCCCAAUGGCGUCAAUGGAGUUACCCGAACAACUAGCCUCAGCGCUGACACCGUGGAGGCCCCUGCCAGCACAGAAAUCGGAGCUGCAGCAAUGUCUGGAUUGACCUCGGACGUCAAGACCAUCUUUACUUCUGAAGAUAUUGACAGGAUCCUUCCUCACCGAUACCCUUUUGCCCUCGUUGACAAGGUUGUGGAGUACGAAGCCGGAACCAGUGCUGUGGGAGUCAAGUGUGUCACCAAAAAUGAAGAAUUUUUCCAAGGACACUUCCCCGGUCGACCUGUCAUGCCUGGUGUCCUGCAAGUAGAGGCCUUGGCACAAUUAGCUGGUGUUGUUUGCUUGCAAAUGGAAGGAGCCGAGCCAGGUGCCGUCUUCUUCUUUGCUGGAGUUGACGGUGUCAAGUGGAAGAAGCCCGUUGUUCCCGGUGACACACUUGUCAUGGAAGUCAAGAUUGCCAAGUGGAACAAGAAAUUCGGAAUUGCCAAGGCAACGGGAGCUGCUUACGUUAAUGGAGACAUGGUUGUCGAAGUUGGCGAAAUGAAGUUUGCUCUUGCAAAAUAG